AUGUCGCUCAACAUCCAGGAAGACGACAUUUCCCAGCCUGCGCAGAACGCACGAAUGCAGGAUGCGGACCAGGAGAACAAUCAGGCCCCAACUUUCUCCUUCACCUCCAGAGAGAAGACCGUAAGCGAGAUGCAGGACCCAGGCGACGUCCAGCAUGAGAAUGCGACCAAGCCCACCGAUCCAACUUACGUCUUCACGAAUCGCGGCCUCGUCCUCACCAUCACCUGCACCAGCCUCAUCUCGCUCCUCUUCGGCCUCAUUAUCGGACUCUACCACGACGACCUCGGCGACACUAUGUUCAACAUCACUCUCAUUGUCCUCGUCGUCCUCGUCCUCUGCAGUCUAGAUCACUACAUCUACCAGCACCCAUCAUAUCAGCAAGCAACAGGCUACGACAAGCUCGCCGGCCGACUCUCUCGAUUCGCACCCUACCUAUGCUGCCUUGCGGCCAUACCUUUCGACCCCAGAUUCGCGUCGAUGCUUGUGAACGUCACUCUUAUCAAGUUGGUCUUGCAGUCGGCCCGGCCCUGGGUUGGCACCAAUAUGGAGACGCACACGGAGCUUGCACCGGCAGAGGACCUCAUCGAACACUUGGAGUCCAAAUGUCUCUGGGCUCUGAGGGCUUUUGCGGCGUUGACGGUGUAUAACGUCUUCGGAUACCAGUUUGUCGAGGAUGCUUUUCUUGCGGUAUUUGGCGAGACAGCAUAG